UCUAUGAGCAGCUUCCCUCCGCUAACCAGGAAUGGCUAGAAUUGGCACCGGGCAUAUUGAGAGAUCGUUAAGUCAGUGAGGGUAGCAGUGUAGAGGUAGGUGGUUGAUCCUUGUGGGGGACAGUCUGGUGGAGUGUUUCCAGACUAGGACAGACAGACACACUUACGGAUUACCUGGCCUUUGUACUCUUGUGUUAGAUGUGAUAGGUUCUGUGGAGCUAGCAGCAGAAUUCAGGCAGGAAGUGGAAGGAAGAGCGAGGUGGCCAGUAAGAUUGUUUGACAGGUAGUGCAGUAGAGAGGGACCAAUGCUGAGUUAACAAUGGGUCCAGGUCUGCCUCCUGCCCUUGUGCUGGUGGUCCUAUCGACAGGACUGGCCAUAGCAACAGAGAGUCUUUCUAACCCCAACUCCAAGCCGCCCAGUGUUGCCAGAGCUACUCACAGGAAUGUUUAUUACUUAGCUGAAGAGAAAAUAGAGUUGGGUUGUAUAGCUGAAGGAUCCCCCGAGCCUGUAUAUUACUGGCUGAGAAAUGGCAUUCGAAUGAACCUGAGCAUUCCCGAGAACAAGGCACGGAUGACCCUUCAGUCUAACGUGGGUACUUUGGUCAUUGACCAGGCUCGGACCACUGAUGAGGGAGUGUAUCAGUGUGUGGCUGAAAAUAUUUUCGGCAAAUCUAUUUCAAUUAAAAGAAACGUGCAGUUAGCAAGAAUGGACCCUUUCCCCACCACAGUACCUCAAAAGAAGAGGGCAUUGUUGGGGCGAUCAGAAAUUCUUACGUGUAGACCUCCAAAUAGCAUUCCAAGAGCAAAAAUCAGCUGGAUUAUUGUAUCCGAAGGUGACCUUGACUACCGGGAUGAGGAUUCGGAAGAGGGGUUUAACUUUGUGAACUUGGAUAAUCGGAUUACGAUGGAUUGGAAAGGUAAUCUGUAUAUAACCAAUGUGAAACCGGAGGAUGGCCAGGAAGGGGCCAAGUAUGUGUGCAUGGCCAACAACAAGAUUGUACGAUCAUUCAAUCAAGGGGAGGAUAAAAUUCUGGAACCUUUCGGAAAGGACGGUGAAAAGGAGCCAGCUGAUGAGCCUGUGUCUCUUCUGUGGCAUUCAACCUUAGAUGUGCUUGGACUCGUGGGCAAAACAGCCAAGUUCAAGUGUAUUUUCGCAGGAAACCCUCAGGUAAAAAUUGUAUGGAAGAGAAAAGGAAAGGAGCUGACGUCUCGAAUGUCACAGAGCAGGGAUAUGUUUGACUUAGAAAUCAAGAGAGUCAAGUAUGAAGAUGCUGGACUUUAUGUGUGUGAAGGAAGCAACACGGCCCAUGACAAAGUCAUCAAAAAGACCUUCAAUCUCACAGUAGAGGCCAGACCCAAAUGGGUGUUGGAGCCUAAAGACCUGACUGUGGGUGUGGAAGAGAAUGCAGCGUUUUCCUGUGAAGCUAAAGGAAGCCCUCAGCCCACAGUCCAGUGGUACAUCAAUGGGAACCAAAUUGAACUGGAACCCCCUAACCCAAGAAGAAGGCUGCAAGGAAAUAAACUUAUCUUUACAAACCUGUCCAAGUCUGACUCGCAGGUCAUUCAGUGCAAUGCCACCAAUAAGAAUGGCUUUAUGUGGGCUGAUGUCUUCCUGCAUGUUCUUGCCAUCCCAGCCAAUGUAGACCGGGAGCCCUUGCCCAGACUGAAGGUGGCCGAGGGGCAGACAAUUACACUGACAUGUGAGUCGUCGGGGAAGCCCAAGCCCAGCGUUGUUUGGUUCAAGGGGAAUCAGCCCCUGACUGGGGACCGCCAUGUUGUACAGGAUAACGGAGAUCUCCUCAUCAAGAAUGUGAACCACAAAGACACCGGCAACUACAAGUGCUACGCUAGGAACAGGUUUGGGAAGGAUGAAGCUAAUGGAACACUCACUGUUAGAAAGAAAACUAAAAUAGAUUCUGAACCACUUGACCUUGAGUUAAUUUAUGGCAACGAGGCGACCUUUACCUGUGGGGCCAUCACUGACCCCCUUGAGACCCUGGAGUACUCCUGGCUGCGCAAUGGUGUCCGAAUUGAAGAGGAUGACCCCCGAUUCAGCAUCAUGGAUGGCACACUGACUAUCAUUGACAUCAACAGUAAAGACACUGCUAACUACACGUGCAUGGCAUCUAAUGGCCUUGACAAUGCUACAGCUUCUGCUAAAUUACAGGUCAAAGCACCACCUGAUCCACCCUACAAUGUGUCAAUGAAGCACUGCUACGCAAAUGAUGCCAUUUUGAAAUGGCAGUUUGAUACAAAACUGGAAAACUUCUCUCCUUUGCAAAGUUUUAUUGUGGAAUACAACACAUCAUUCCACCCAGAUGUCUGGGUCACUGGUGCAAGGCCCUCUGCUGAUAGUCGCGAGGCAGAAAUAAAGCUUUCAUUAUGGGUUAGAUACAAUUUCCGUGUCAAGGCCAUCAAUGAAAUCGGUAUUGGCAAACCAAGUGCUAUCAACCCGGCGGAGUGCAAGACUCCCCAAGGUCGUCCUGACCGGCAUCCCCGGAAGGUCCAGACUGUGGGUGACAAGACCAACUUCCUGGUGAUAGAGUGGGAGCCCAUGCCCCAGAUUGAGCACAAUGCACCCGACUUCUUUUACAACAUUACGGUGAAGGAGGAGGAUGGGGACGGCGUCAUGAACUUCGCAGAGGCAGAUUCCACAGUUGGCAGGAGGGAGAUCUUUAUCAACAAGACCUACAAGCCCUAUAAGAUCAUAGUGAGAGCACAGAACAGAGUGGGACAGCCAUACCUCCCAGCUGAGGAAAUUCGGGGUUUCUCUGGGGAAGCAGCACCAACUGUUGUCCCUGGGAACUUCGAGCUGGACCCUGACAAGAAUGUGACAGCAACAAGUGCAGGUUUCCGCUGGGAUCCUGUCAACACAAGCACAGAGUCCAUGCAGGGAGAAUACAAAGGUUACAAGGUUCGUUACUGGAAGAGAGAACAGAAGGAGACGACACUGCACGAAGUGUUCAUCCCCGACACAACCAAGGAUGGCGCUUCACGGAGACGGAGACAAGCAGACAACAAGAUGAGGGCAGAGGUGCGAAACUUGCCCUCGUACUCAGAGAUAGAGGCUGAUGUUGUGGUCGUCAACAACUACUUCAGCUCUGAAGGCAGCAACAUCGUCAACUUCUCAACACCAGAAGGAGUACCGUCAGCUGUAGAGUACCUGGAUGCUCUGUACCGUGGCUCCACGCACUUCCUGCUGGAGUGGGGGGAGCCCAAGGAGCCAAACGGCAAUGUUACUGGCUACAGGGUUGGCUACAAGAAGAUACAAGGCCUGGAGGUUGGUGAGCUGGUGGUGGGUAAGACAGUGACGAAGCGGCGCGUGUUUCUAGGGGGCCUGAGCCCAGACACCGCGUACCGCGUGUACGUGUGGGGGCUGACACAGGAGGGCCAGGGGGAAGAGUACUACAUCGACACACGCACAGCUGAACACACAUCAGACCUUGUUCGUCCGGUUGUUGACAAAGUUAUGGCAGCUGCUACAGCUGUCAAUGUGACAUGGCGCAUCCCAGACAUCGAUGGAAGGCCUGUGGGAGCUCGCUCGUUCCUGCAAUAUCGCCAACUUGGGAAGGGUGAUUGGGACAGUGUUCCGGAUGAAGAACAUGAAGACUUCUGGCAGCAGAUUGAAGGUCUGAAGGAAGCAACACCCUACCAGGUGCGCGUGGUGACGAAAACAGGGCAGUAUGGCACCGAGAGUUACCGGGAAGCCGCGAGUGACCAGCGCACAUUUACAACCACGGGUGUAGAUACCUUCUUUCCUGUCUUCGCUUACCUGAAUGCAAACGAAACCACCAACAAUUCUACUGGAGCGGCCAAGAGGGCCAAUGUGCUGAGUGCUGGAUGGUUUAUUGGAAUGAUGGUGGCCAUAGCCAUUCUGCUUCUCAUCCUCAUCAUCGUCUGCAUCAUCAAGAGAAACAGGGGAGAUAAAUACCAUGUGCAAGAGAAGGAACGUCUCCGUGGCAGCAACCCCGAUGACGGACAGGAUCACUUUAAUGAGUAUGCAAAGAGUGAUGAGAACGGAGUUGGACAAAGUAAUUCAUUCGAGAACAACCCAGAAAAGAUGCCUCUGGAGUAUGACGAGACAGACAGCAUGGAGGACUAUGGUGAUGUAGACCCAGGGAAAUUUAAUGAAGAUGGGUCUUUUAUUGGUCAGUAUGGAGUUCAAAAGUCCCCCGAGCCAGCAAAUGCCUCAGCUAUGUCAACUCUAGUAUAAGGAGCCCGGUCAUCUCAUUUAGAUAGCAUCAUCGAAAGUGUGGAAUUCUCAGACUGGGAGUGACCUGCCUUGAUAGGUACAUUGCUUAUAUCAAGCCAGUAAAUGACAGUUUAGUUAUUAAAUGACAUAUGUACUGACACAAGUUCAAGAGGAGCUGGUCUUGUUGUACUGGCACACACUGUAUUGAGGCUGGAAGUUACAAGGAGUCUUAGGUCACCAACAUACCUAAUGGACCACACUGGAGGACCAAUGUCAUCUACAAGACAAAUAUUGUCUUCAAGCUGUUGAAUGCAAAUUUACACCAAUGUGAAAUAAGAAGCACCACACAAAAGCCAUGAAGUGCUUACAUUGUGAAAUAGUAUGUUGUUAUGAAAUGCUGAAACACCUGAUCAGUAAGAGGAAGAAUUGAGCCAAAUGAUGGGUGACAAGAAGUACACUUUUGUCAGGAAUCGCAGCUUUGUGCAUGGACAGACAGUACCAAUAUUGGUGUAACAGGAGUAAAUAUGCUGCUCUGCUGACCUAAGAACUUCACAGUCUCUGUGGAUGACUAUUCAUAACAUCAGAUCAAUUGCCUUACCUAUGAGGACCUAUAGAGCAGAUGAGUGCUGUCUGUUUUCUUCAAGAGUAUUUUAUCAUUGGUUGCAGUAGCCACGUAUCUAACUGAGUGAUUCAGUUGUUGCUUCAAACGUGUGCAACUCAUCAUAACCCAUAUAAUCCUCCUAGACGUAGUUGUCCCACUGUAUUGUACGUAGUAGUUCCCGAUGCUGGUUGUGAUGUUCCGAACUGCUUUCUCCACACCCAUACACAGUGCGUAGUAGUGUCCGGCGGUCCUGUCCACACAGACCGCUGUCUGGAUCCCACAGAGCUAACAGUUGGCAGGAGGAGGCCCACCUGUAGCCAUGUAUAGUACCCAAAACAAGUUAAAAAAGCCCCAUUCCUUCAUAGGACUACAGUUGAUCUGUCAUGGCUGGUGGGUAUUGCCUCACACAGCCUUCCAAUUGUGGGUGUUCUUUAACUUGUUUCCUGUAAUAUAUUCAAAGGCUAUCUAGAUUUUCAGAUUAGAGGUACGGGAAUUGAGUCCUGGUAACAAGUGACAAAUCACCUAACUUCAUGACCUGGGCAAAUCUCUUGAUGCAAGUUUUAUUCAUGAGUAGGGUUAAAGAUGCUGCUCCAGGUAGCUGAUGAAAGUUGUGCAUUCUAUUGGAAUCAUUACCAAAAAUAAACACAUCAGAUUUAUUUUUGAUGUGUUGGAUGACAGCUAUCAUAUCAGAUAUUCCAACCUGUGCAGAGCUACAGAUGAGGGAAACAGUCAUUGUAACCAUGGAGGGCCUGUAGGAUGCAACUCCCAACGCCUCACACCAACAUGUUUUGAUAUGUUCUACAAGUUCUAGUCAUGUUACUCUUGAUAGUUCACAUGAAGUUCUUCUCCUAUCAACCCAGAUAGUCUUUGGUUAGUUGUUUUGUGUUAUUUAUGCUGAUGUAACAAUUAUUGCAUAAUCCCGUUAUUCACAUCGAGUGCAAAUUCAAGUAAAAACAUGGCCGCAAAGUAUCCGUGCAAUACUGUUUAAUCACUGCCGUUACGUGAUCAGUUCUUCAGGAUAUUACCUUGAAGGUUGUAACUGCCAUUAUGAUAUAGAUGUGUUUUAGCUGGGGAAAAUGCCAUCAAUUUAGUUUGAGAUUAGUGAUGCAUUAGUUUAUUUGUGAAAGUAUCUAUUAUGGAUAUUUUUUGGCAGCCUAGGCAGAAGUAUGUUCAGCUUAUUGCACUCUGUCUAUUAGAACUUCCACUUUCUUGAUUCUAAGCUUUGUAAUCUACCUCUUUGAUUUUGAGAUUUAUUGAUGUGUAAUUCAGUUGUAAUUUCUGUCAGUGCCAAAUAAUUAUUUAUCAUUUGUGAAUGGUCUUCAUGAAGUUGUAUUUUUGGUUUCUGGGGUAUGGUUUGAGUCCUAUAUCAAGUGCUUACGUUGAUUAUCUCAUUGUUGCGGAGGUAAGAGGUUGCCACGGAGACAUGCUGACGGGAAUUCCAAUGUUUUCAAGACAGGCAUACAUACAAGUUGGUUUGCACCAGCAAAUUACAUUUGUAUAUUUUUAUAACAUUUGUUUUUGGAACAUUACAAGCAAUGUUUGUUAUUUAUGACCGAAAAUGUUAAUUUUGUUUUUGUUAUAUACCAGUGCCCAAUGCAAGAUCUGUAUUGCUGUGUGUGUGUGUGUGCAAAGAAUAUUAAUGUCUUGUAUUCUUGUUAUAUCUUGAAAUAAGCAUUGUUUUCAGGAGAUUUCCCUAACCACUUACCAUCAUCAAAGUACAGUGUUCAAUAAUUGUACUGACCAACACGCCAGUGUAAAUGCUUUACUAGAGUGCUUCGUGUCCUCUGCUUGAAGUAGAGUGGUGUCCCCUUGAUUUGGAGGAGCCAUUUUCCAUUCCCAUAUAUAUUAUCAAGUGCAUUUAGUGGAAAUGUCCGUCGAAGUUCAUUAUGUAAUGUGACUUUAUAUGCUGGAAAAAAGAUCUGAUAUUAAUAUUGUCAUUGAUUUUGUGUCAUAACCAUGUCCUUGAUGUGAGAAAUGUGUCAUCUGAUUUUUAUUUGAAGCUGUUCGUGUCAGAUGGGACAUGUCUAAUUAUCCGUUAGAGUUACCUACCCAUUUUUCUCCAUGGCUUUUAUGUCUGGUAUUAACAUAUUAAUCUCUCGGUUGACACCACACAUCCAACAUUGUCAUCCGAAUCCUCCAUACUACUGCUAGAUCACCUUUUCAUUUCAUGUGGAGAAAAGCAUAUUCAUUGGUUGCACAUUUUGUUUAUUUUAUGUAGUAUGUAAAGUAGUGCAACGUUAGCUCCAAGCAUGUUAGUUGCCACAAGAAGAAGGCCUAGAGUCGAGAGACUGGCAACUCUCUCAGUCAGAGCUGUGUUGGCCCAAUAUUGUAACAUGAGGUGCAGCUGAGCUUCAACCUAACACUUGAACUGCAUGUGCUGGUUGCAGUUGAAGGUGACAUCAAACAAAUGCCGUUCAGGGGACAAGCAUAGGUAACUCGUAAAGAAGUUAGAUGAAAAAUAGUUCCUCAAUGUUUCAUGCUUGCUACAACUGUCAUAUGAUAUUUGAAAGUUGGUUUAUAUCUUAUGAUUUGGAUUAAUUUGCUUGCUAAGAAACAAUAAGUUGCAUAAUGUCUUGCCUUGUGGCACCAUAGCAUGAUAAGACCUAGAUAGUGCAUAGCUCACAUUCUGGAGAGAACUAUUUAUGCAUAAUUAUAAGAUACAUUCCUGUGUGUUUGUGAUUUUGUUCCCAUUAGCACUGACUGGGUACUAAUCUUCCAAUUAAUAUAUGCUAAGGUUUUUAUAUGAUGUUUUUUUAUGAUAUGGUUUGUCAUUUUCCUGACUUAAAUUAUUUUUGUCAAGUUAUGGGGGAAACCUAGAUUGUGAUUUAAGAUGGUUAAAUUGUAAAAUCUGGUGGUUUUGUGUACUUUUUCCCACUUUAUAUUCCGUGCCUUCUAAUAAAUUACCCUCAAGCCAUUAGUUGAUGGAUGAAAUUGUUUUCAUGUUCAUUAAGUUAGUGCUCUUUUCAUGGGUUUGUAUUUUAUUUAGAAAAUCUGAAUUUUCACUUUCAGGUCAGGAAAAGGACAAAGCAAAGUUAUUGUAUUUUAUUGAAUGUUAUGCCCCUCCCUGUAUAUACUUCUUGUCAAUAUGAAUGACUUGUUGGCUGCUGAAUACUUCGAUAUGGUCUUUGCCUAAUUACACAAUAUCUUAAUCUUGUUGGCCAUUUCUCUAGAGGGGUUGUCUCAAAAGCUGUUAUGUUCAUUCAAAUCAAUUUGUCUACAUUCAUAAAUUUCAUUUGUGCAAGGGAAAUCAUGUAGCAGCAGAUAUUGCAAAACUAUUGGCAUGGUAACCUUUGAGACAACUCCCUAUGCAAGCAAGAUUAAACGUGGCUUGAACUAGUCAACACUUUCAUCCCUCUAUCUGGCUAUUAUCAUCAUGUUUGUAUGUGCAAAUCUUUUCACAGAAAUCAAAACUGAAUAAAAAUGUGCUUGAAA